AUGGCAGAACACCUGAAGUCAACCUUAGAGGCAGGGCUGACAUCUAGUCCGAAGUACAUCCCUACCUGGUACAAUUACGACGAGAUCGGAUCGGAACUUCACCAUAAAUAUACCACUGGAAACUCUGGUAACAACUAUUUCACAAGGAGUCAGCUGUCUAUUAUUCAAGAUAAUAUACAGGAUAUAAUUCCACGAACUCCACACGGAUUGACCAUAGUUGACCUCGGAAGCGGAAACUGCACCAAAACCAGGCUUUUUAUAGAUGAGCUGCUGAGAAGGCAGCAAAAAUGUUCGUUUUACCCAGUCGAUAUUUCGUCAGAAUUUCUGCUGAAGUCGGUGUCAAAAUUAACGAGGGAAUACGGCGAUGCACUUUCAAUAACGCCCAUACCUGCAGACUACGAACAAGGAAUUGAACAUCUGAAGCGAGUGGAAGGUCCCAAACUAAUUCUGUUUUUCGCCAGCAUAAUCAACUUGUCGUAUGACGAACAGGUGGAUACUCUAAGGAUGAUAUCUACAAUGAUGACAGAUGAGUGCCGACUAGUAUUCAGCGCUGAUGCCACACAAGACAGAGACGUCAUUCUGAAGGCCUAUAACGAUGAUGCAGGACAGGCAAGGACGUUCUUACAAAACGUCAUCACACGCCUGAACAGAGAGGAAGGAAGUCAAAUAGACAUGAACAUGUUCGUGCUUGAGGUGGAUUUCAUAUCGGACACAUCUUCACAGAAUAUGAGCUAUAUUCGCGUCUGCAUCCAGGCGAAGGAGUCCGUCAUGUACCCAAUUCCUGGACUUGGCAUCGAACUGACAAUGGAAAAAGGAGAACGACUAUAUUUCCACAAAGGUGCUGGAUACAGCUGUAAAUAUACAAAGGAACAGCUACAAACCAUAGUUGAGAAAGCCGGUCUCCAUCUGGAGGACACCUGGACAGACGAACAUCAACGCGCCAUUUUCUGUCGUUGCAAAAUCGUAAACGACACUAACGUACUGUCUUAACCAUAUGAUGGUAACGUUUGCACGGACGACUAAUUGUUCGAUUACAAAUGUAUUUAUUUAGAUAGUAGCGUUUUUUUCACCAAAGUGUUACUGUUAUGUACGCUCUCUUAAUAUAUAUAUAACUGCGUUCAUCUGUAAAUUCAAAAUGAUAUUUUAUCAAGACUCACUUUGAUGGUUAAAUCAUCAAAAAUUGACAGUAACAACACAAAGUUGUCUCCAUUAAUUAUUACCUGUGGUGUAUUUGCUUGCAUCAGAGUUCGCAUGA